ACAGGUGCAAUAAGCACUUUUUCGAUUUGACAAUCGGAACUCGAUUGGUUGUUAAGUACGGUGUUUCUAAUACAAUUUAUAUACGUAUUCGCAUCCGGUUUGGGUAGUGUACGGUUUCUCCAAAUGUUUUAUUUUAGCUGUACUUGACGGUUAUUUGUGUGCAUCGUUUAACUGUAAUAAGGCGUUAAAAAUACAUAAUACAUCGGAUCCGGGUAUACGCAUCCAAAUUACAAAUUAUUACAUCGAAUCCGGGCGAAAAUAACUCCAAAGUACAAAAAACGAGAGCCAAAAAUGCGUGCGAGAAAAAAGUGUUGAUGAAUAUUACUUGUUUAAUAGUGUUAUGAUAAAAGAUGAUGUAGCAGAUAAAAUGAGCUGGAUAACCACAGAAAACGAAACGACACAAUGUCAAGCAACAUGUCAAUAUCAUAUAAGAUUUGUAUAAACGAAAAUAAAAGAUGUUAUGAUGCAGACAACAAUGAAUUGGCUAGUCCGAUGACAUAUUUCUCCUAUGGAAUUUUGUUAACUGUAAUAGGAAUUGUGGGAUUACUUGGAAACGGUUUGGUACUAUUCGUGUUUACCAGGGUAAGACGAUUAAGAGGUCCUUUUUCUUCAUUUGUUUUAAAUCUUGCGUCGGCCGACUUUGCAACUUCUAUAUUACAUUUCAUGCCCGCAGUGUCAUCUUUUAAGCAAAAAUGGGUUUUCGACGAUUUUGGGUGUAAUAUAUACGCAUUCGGAGUUGGUCAAUUUGGCUUAGUGUCAAUAGUUACUCUUUCUACUAUUGCCGUUGAAAGAUAUAUGGUGAUAACAGCAAAACCAGUUUCAGGAUCUUGGAAGCUGACUCGUCAAGGUGCGAACAAGGUCUGUAUGGUAGUUUGGAUAUACUGCCUAAUGAUAACGGUUCCUCCACUUUUCGGUUGGUCUGAGUACGUACUGGAAGGUUUUAAUACAUCAUGCUCGUGGAACUACACUGACAAAACGCUUUGGAAUCGUAUUUUUUAUAUUUACAUGUUAGUUCUCGGAUUUAUUAUUCCAGUCUCUAUCAUUACGUAUUGUUACAUAUUCAUCAUCGUAUCUAUUUUGGACCAUAACAAAGAAAUGGCAGAUUGUAACAGCAACAUUAGAGCAAUGGGUACAGAUAGCUUGGAUUGUAGGCUGGCAUUGAAUGUUGCUAGACGAGAUCAAGCAGUUCCAAUUCGAUCUGCUUUCAGAACGUCAUACAUCAUUUUAGUCCUUAUUGCGUUGUUUAUGAUCUCUUGGACGCCAUACGCUGUUGUCACAGCAAUAGGACAAUUUGGUGAUCAACAACUCAUAACACCCUGGAUUUCUGCGUUACCAGCAUUAUGCGCUAAGGCGUCGGUUGUGUAUAAUCCGAUCAUAUACGGUCUAACACACCCACAUUUCCGGUCGUCGGUCCGACAGUUUAUUUCCGGAUGCACGACGAUAGGCCAAAGCCAUGCAGAUUUAUGUCCUCCUCCUGUACGCAACAACAGACUGACCGCCAAUUGCCUAAACAAAUUUGCUCUAUUCUCAGAUCCUCUGGACAACAAAUCUAACGUUAUCGAAUUGAAGUGCGUGCGGCAUCGUAUAGCCAAACCAAACAAAGAUUCUAUAUACUUGGACUACUAUAGUGAGCCCGACUGCCGUAGUUUAACGCUGACUAUGGAACCCGAUAAAGGAUCGACGAUCAUACAAAUCGAUAAAGUUCCAUUCAAAGUAGUCUCAUCAACGGUCAGAAGUAUAAGCAUUAACGCAAAGAUCAGCUCAUUAGAGUCGCAAGAUAGCAGUAAAACUGUUGUUAUGACUUCAGUCCCAGUUACACCGACCAAUGACAACGAGUUGAAUGAAAACCAAAAAGAUUGAGAGACAAAAACAUAUCUGUCAGAUCAAUUAUUGAAAUUCGAAUUUUAAUUUAUUAGUUUCAUAACAAAGAAUUAAACUCAAUCAAUAGCGUAUAAUUCUAAAAAAAAACUAUUUAGUAGUUCAUGCUCCAAUAUUUUUUUAACUAUUUAGUAAUUCCAAAAGGGAAAAAUGAAUUACAUUGUAUAAUUAUUAUAAGUAUUCAAAUAACAUACAAUUGUUUAUUGAUAUAGCUCGUUUAUGUGGUAAUAGUAAGUGGCAAAAUUAAGUUACUCGUAUGUAUUUUUAAGGAUCAAGCAUAACGCACAAAUGUCAUAAGUGAAUUUUUAACAUUUUUACAAGCAAAAAGUUUGAAAAUUCAUAAUACCAUACCGUUAUAAUACAUAGAUAAUUUCAUACAACUUUUAUUUUCCAAAAAUAUGCGCUUACGACAUUUGUGCACUGCUACACCAUCGAUAUUAUUUAUUUUAUUUUUUAGCUAUUACUCGCACUUACAAUUAUGUAAUUAUAAUAGUAUUAUCGAAUCAUUUAAGAUAACCCAGUGAACUGUUGUAUAGGUUUUUAUUUGUAUUUAGCCAGUUU